GCCGCGUCCCGGCUCGGAGCGGCCUUAACAUGGCUGCGGCGCCGGGGCUGCUGCUCGGGCCGCUCCGGCCGCUCCGGCCGCUCCCGCUGCUGCUGCUGCUGCUGUUGCUCGGCGCCCCCGGAUCGGAGGGCUCGGAGGGCUCGGCGGGCCGCGGCCGGCGCUUCUCCGAACUCAAAGUCUGCGCCGACGACGAGUGCAGCAUGUUAAUGUACCGGGGAGAGGCCCUGGAAGACUUCAUAGGCCCAGAUUGUCGUUUUGUGAACUUUAAAAAAGGUGAUUCAGUAUAUGUCUACUAUAAGCUGGCCGGGAUAGCGUCUGAAGUUUGGGCUGGAAGUGUCGGACAAGCUUUUGGAUACUUUCCCAAGGAUUUAAUCCAUAUUGUUUAUACAUAUACCCAAAAAGAGCUUCAAGUUCCAGCAGAUGAGACCGAUUUUGUCUGUUUCAAUGGGGGCAAAGAUGAUUUCAGCAACUAUGAUGUAGAAAAUCUUUUGGCAUAUAUGGAAUUGCCAGAGCCUGACAUUGGAGGUACUGAGGCCAUUACAAAGGAGGCUUCUUUGCAUGAGGAAAAUACCUCUGAGGUAGCUGAGCCUCUGCCUGAACCCGGGGCCUCCACUCCAGAGGACAGUGGGUCCGUCACCUCUGGCAGUGCCCAGGAGUGGCAGGACAGACCAGAACCCCCUGCAGAGCCUGCCCAGGGAGCACCACCUCUUCCCAAGUCCCUGGAAGCAAAGCUGCAGGACCGACUCCAAGCACCUGCUGGGGAAAAUAGAGCCAGUAACAGCUCACACAGCCCUAGUGAGCUGGACAAGAUAGACACCUAUAAGCUUUUGAAACAAGACAUGACACUGGACUUGAAGACCAAGUUUGGCUCCACUGCUGAUGCCCUGGUCUCCGAUGAUGAGACCACCAGGCUGGUCACGGCUCUGGAGGAUGAUUUUGAUGAGGACCUGGAGGCUGAGUACUAUGAGAUGGAAGGAAUAGAGGAAGAGGAGUCUCAGGACGUGCCACUACUCACCUUCAUGGCCGGAGAAGCCGGGUCAAGCCCAGGGGCCCCAGAAGUGCAGGGGGACCCUGCGGGCCUGGAGCAGAAUUUCAGUGGGGAGGCCGGGGAGCAGGGGCUGCAGGCUUCAGGUGUCAGUGCUGUUGGGGACCCAGACAAUGAUGGUGCUGCAGAGCCGGGUGCAGUGGGACUGGGGGUCGAGCUUUCUGACACAGAUGACACUGGUGUUACCACUGUCACUGUUGUCACCACAGCUGCAGAGAGCAAAAGUCCGGAGCCACCACUGUCCUCUGCCUUGAAGCUUACAGGCUCUGUCAGAGCACCAGGAGCUCUUGGCACUGGGGGAAACUCUCAAGCAAGUAAAGUCAAAGCAUCCAAAGUAGGCAUAGAAGCUCCCGUCUCCUCAGUGCCAACAGAGGAGUCUGGGGCCUCCCUGCCAGGUGCUGGGCAGGGGCAAGACACCAUCCCCACAGUUGCUGCCAGUGAGGACCCCCUGGGAGCUAUUCACAUCUCAAAGGAGCCUUUGGGAGAGCCCAGCCUGGCGGAGGGUUCAGGGAGGGAACAGGAGGCCAAGGACAGACCCAUCCACAUCAGGGAGGACAAAGGGCUAAAGUGGGAACCCAAGGCAGCUGGCACAGGGGAGAAUUGGCAACUCGACACAUCCCAAACCAGAGUGCAGGAGAACGGAGGCCUGGGGAGUGACCCCAAACCCCCACACACACUCCCCAUUGGGCUCCAGAGGGCAACAUCAGAGGAGAACCCACAGCUGUCAGGCGGACUGCAGGAAGGGGCUCCCUCUCAGGUGACAAACACCUCAGGGCAGCACCAAGAGGCCACUGAGAAGGAGCAAACUAAUGAGGGGAAGGUGACAAUCUCGGAGGAGAAGGAUGCUGAAGAGGAGGAGGUAGAGGAGGACUUCCUGAAGGAAGGGGCAUCUCUGGGCUCCCCAGAUAUCUACCACCAAGAGCAGGCCAUGGCUCCCCAUCCAGGAGAAGCAGAGGCCGAAGCUGAUGUUUACAUGCCCGAGGAGCAGCUGGAAGAUGAGAAUGCGCUCAGUGCUCGGCAGACUGGAGCCACGGGUGCACAGAUACAUCAAGACACACCACUGGGCCUGGAGCAGCAGGACCCCAAGGGAGCUGCUUCUGGGCCUCUUGGGAAUGUUCCUGAAUCUAUGGAGCACAGUGAAGAAACUCGGUCACCCUCAAAAAUGGGGAACACAGGAGGAGAUGCUGCAGAUGGAGAUCCUCUUGACCAGAUGGCAGCCAAGGAGACCAGCAUCUCUGUGGACCACAGAGCCCAGGCACCAUCCAUGGUCCCAGAUGUCUUCGCUGUGAACACCCCAGAGACCCCAGAGGCAGCUGUUGCACCCCAGGAAGACAGUCCUGAGCCAGGGCCUCCCCAGCAGCUCAGGGAGGGAGAUAGCCAAGAGCAGGAUGCUGGGAUCUCCAGGGAGCUCAUGGACAAGGAGCAUGAGACCAGCCUAGCCCUAGGGCCCCCACAGCACCUACGCAUCAUGAGCAGCUUCUUCAAAGACCUGCAAUCUUGGCAGCGAUUCCAGAAGUACCUGGAUGUGUCCGAGUUGGAGGCACUGCUGCAGGCUCUGGGCCAAGAGCUGAAGGCGGCUCAGCAAGAGAGUCUUCCGUACAACGUGGACAAAGUUCUGGACAAGGUUUUUCGCGCUGCUGAGUCCCAUAUCCUGAGUGUGGCCGAGCACAUGCUGGACACCCGGGUGUCAGCCCGUGGGAACCUGGGCACCAGCAAUGACUUGGAGGAGUCAGCUGUGCUUGAAGAUGUCCAGGAUCUCCUAUACUUCGUCAGGUACCAGCACUUUACAAUAGAGCAGCCACCACUCCUGGCCACAGCCACAGCACCACCUGACCAGACCUGGGAGGCACCAGUGGAAGAUCUGCCACCGCCCCUUGAAGAGGACUUUUUGCAAGAAAAGGUGGAAAAUCUGCUGGACUUGGAGCCAAGCCCUGGAGAGGGGGCCUCUGUGGAACCACCUGGGAUGAAUGUCAUUGAUGCUCCAGAAGAGCCGCUAUCGGAGGAAUCUGCCGAGGCAGGGAUCCUGGCCCCUGAAAGUGCACCGAUCGAGGCACUGGACACUGACAGACAGCUGGACAUACAUGUUGAGGAGUCAUCAAGUUUUACGCUACUGGGUGGGGCAGCUCAUCUGAUCUAUUCCUUCUUGGCCUUUUUUACUGGGAUGCUGGUCGCGACUUUACCCGAAGAUGCGCAACCCGGUGCUGAUUUUAAUGGGUUACCGUGGCAACCUGUGCUGGCCACUGCCUUUUUGGGUAUCGUGUCUUUUAUUGUCUUUUGGAGGACGGUUCUGGAGGUAAAGAGUAAAAAGUACCAAGUUACAGAAGAGCAAAUUUCUGAGAAAGUGAAGAAUCUCAAAAAAGAAAAUGCAGAACUUGCUCAGGAAUUGUCAAAUUAUGAACAGAAGAUCAAGGAAUCAAAGAAACUUGCUCAAGAGACCAAGAAACAUAACGUCAUUCUUUCUGAUAAAACUGUAAAAUAUGAGGAUAAAAUCAGGAAACUUGAAGAAAGUAAUGAAACUCUGAAUAGCACGAUUCAAAGUCUUCAAGAAAAGCUAGAGUCUGAACGAAUUCAAAAUGUCAAGAAUCAAGACUUGAUACUGGAAAACAAAAAAUCCUUAAAGAAGUUGAAAGAUGUUAUUUCAAUGAAUGCCUCCGAAUUGUCAGAGGUUCAAAUUGCUCUUAACGAGGCUAAACUUAGGGAAGAAAAGGUGAAAUCUGAAUGUCACCGGGUUCAAGAAGAAAAUGCUAAAUUGAAGAAGAAGGAGGAACAGUUGCAGCAGGAGAUCAAAGAAUGGAGCAAAUCACAUUCCGAGCUGAGUGAGCAAAUCAAAUCAUUUGCACAGUCUCAGAAAGAUUUGGAGGUGACUUUCAGUCACCAGGACGAUAACAUUCAUGCUUUGACUAACUGUAUUACACAGUUGAACCGACUGGAUUGUAAAUCUCCAACUCCAGAGAAAGGAAGAAAUGAGUCUGAGGAGUUAUCGAAUGGAGAGGUGGGAGGGGACUCUCUUGAGAAGGUGAAGACUCAGAUAAAGCAGAUGAUGGACGUUUCUCGGACCCAAACUGCUGUCUCCGUGGUCGAAGAGGACCUGAAACUCUUACAGUUAAAACUCAGAGCUGCCAUGUCCACCAAGUCUGACCUGGAAGGCCAAAUAAAGGAACUGGAAGGGGAUCGCAGCUCUCUGCUGUCAACUAAGUCUGGACUGGAAGAUGAAUGCAAGAUGUUGAGACAGAAGGUGGAGGUUCUGAAUGAGCUCUACCAGCAGAAGGAGAUGAUGCUGCAGAAGAAGCUGAGCCAAGAAGAGUUCGAACGGCAGGAACGAGAACAGCGACUUUCAGCUGCCGACGAAAAGGCAUUCUCGGCUGCAGAGGAAGUAAAGAUGUAUAAGCAGAGAAUUGAAGAGAUGGAGGAGGAGUUAACGAAGACUGAGCGCUCAUUCAAGAACCAGAUCGCGACUCAUGAGAAGAAAGCCCAUGAUAAUUGGCUCAAGGCUCGGGCUGCAGAAAGAGCUAUAGCCGAAGAGAAGAGAGAAGCUGCUAACUUGAGAUUAAAACUAUUGGAAUUGUCCCAGAAGAUGACAAUGCUGCAAGAGGAGCCUGUGAUUGUGAAGCCGAUGCCAGGGAGACCCGGCUCACAGAAUCCUCCACGGAGAGGUCCCCUGAGCCAGAAUGGCUCCUUCGGCCCCUCUCCUGUGAGCACCGGGGACUGCUCGCCGCCUCCCCCAACGACUGACCCGCCCACCAGGCCGCUCUUGGCCACUGCACUGGGACGCAGGGAGGUGCCCCAUAGUGAAUUUGAUGCAGCUGGACCUGGACCCAAUGCAGCCCCAAUGAUGAACAGCAGCUCCAGGGGCUCAUCCCCUAGCAGGUCGCUGGAAGAUGCCAAGGUCAAUAUGGCCAUAAAAGGGCCCCCACCGUUCCCGGGGAUGCCUAUCCUGGGAGGGCCUAUGGCAGGCCCCCCACCACCACCUAUGCGGUACGGACCUCCACCUCAGCUCGGCAGACCUUUCGGACCUCGGCCCAUGCCUCCUAUUCCGCCACCUUUUGGUCCUCCUCUUCGCCCACCACCACUGGGCAUUCGAGAUUACCCCCCAGGAGUCCCUCCUGGAAUGCGGGAUCCACCCUACGACCCUCGGGAAUUCAUGCCUGGACACGCACCGUUUAGACCUUUAGGGCCACUGGGCCCACGAGAGUACUUUAUUCCUGGUCCCCGAUUACUGCCUCCGCCCCAUGGGCCCCUGGAUUAUCCACCUCCGCCCCAUGGGCCCCAGGAUUAUCCACCUCCGCCCCAUGGGUCCCAGGAUCAUCCACCUCUGCCCCCUGGGCCCCAAGAUCCUCCAGCCUCGUCUGCUGCUAGAGACUUGCCACCUUCUGGUUCUCGAGAAGAGCCUCCCUGUGUGGCUCAGGGCGGCAGCCCAACCUCUGCACAGGCCCGGAGACGGAGUCCGUAAACGUAAACCAUGACAAUAACCUCGACCUGGCACAUCUACCACAAAGGAUUUUGUUGGCUUUAAAAUCUAUCUAUAGGGUUGGGGUCUAAGAUACAGUGGGGACUUACAUACAACCUGGGUUCAAUCUGGAUCCCAUAUAGCUCCCGAGCCCGCCAGGCAUGGCCCCAACCCCACCCCACCCCCCAAAAAAAUCUAAAGGGGUGAUUUAAAAAGGUUGGUUUUUAAAAAUAUGCUGCUCUAGCAGUGUGCAUUUUUGAGCCAAACAUUGAAAAAAAUUUUCCUGUUAAUAAAAUUAUCUUGUAAGCCGGAGCCUCCUUACAAGUUUGAAAUGUGCAAUAAAGAAUACCUGUGUUUUAGUGGAUGUAGCAUAUAUAACUGCUAAGUGAUUUAUGAGUGUCAUGAAAAUAUGAACAUUUCCUGUGGAAAUGCUAUAAGGACAUGUAUUUCCAUUCUAUUUUUUAGUGUACAACAGUUGAAUACAGAGUAAUGGUGUUUAUAAGCUUGAUUUUUUAAAAAAAUACUUGGUCACAAAGACUGUUACACUUAAAAUGUUUACUAAAGACCACUAAAGAUUAUAUUCCUCUCCCUAACAUUCUUUGUAGUAAUAGUUCAUAAACACUUUUGGUUACUACUGUU